GAAAACCUGCAACCGGCUGGCCCAAACGGUCUAUCCGGAUGGUUUCGGCUGGCAUGGAUCACACAGUGCUUCUCCGAAGUGAUGGUACUGUUGUGGCUUGUGGAAGUAAUAAUGAUGGACAAUGCAACCUUCCCCCUCUGGAUGAGGGAAUUACCUACACCCAAGUUUCUGCAGGUGGAGGUCAUACCGUCUUACUUCGUAGUGAUGGUGUUGCUGUGGCUUGUGGACGGAAUGAGGAUUUUCAAUGCGAUAUUCCGCCCCUGCCUGAGGCAAUGGUAUACACUCAGGUUUCUGCCGGCGCAGAUCAUACAAUGCUUCUUCGCAGUGAUGGCCAUGUUGCUCACUGCGGAAGUACUGUUUAUGGGCAAUGCCAGGUUCCACCUUUGGAUGAGGGAAUGUCAUACACCCAGGUUUCAGCUGGGGGUUUUCAUACAAUUUUCCUCCGAAGUGAUGGCUGUGCCGUGGCUUGUGGGGAUAAUGACCAUGGGCAGUGCGAUAUUCCAUCGAUUGAUCAAGGACUGUCAUACACCCAGGUGUCCGCAGGCUGGUGUCAUACACUGCUUCUUCGAAGUGAUGGCUGUGCUACUGCUUUUGGAUAUAACCUUCGUGGCCAAUGCGAUCUUCCCAAUGACGAGGGUUUCAUGUUCUACAGCCAGGUUUCUGCAGGCACAAAUCACUCUGCGUUUCUGCAAAGUGAUGGCUGUGUUGUGAUUUGCGGAAGUAUGGACUGUCAGAUUCCACCGUCCGCUGUGUCACACACUGUGGGAAUUUCCGCGGGUGGGGAUCACACAUUGUUUUUGCAAAGCGAUGGCCGUGUGCUUGCUUUGGGGGGAAAUCGUGAUGGAGAAUGCAACAUUCCCCGAUUAAAGCCCGGAAUGCGCUAUAUUAGCGAUCAAAUGCCAGACAUUAUACUACAACUUGAGUUUGUGAUUGCAGAUGAUGUUGUGACGCUCAUUUGUUCCAACUUCGCUGGGGAAGAACAGGUAAGGCUCAAUGCCAAUGUGUCUGAUCGGGCUACGGAUUCUUACAAGAACAUUGCAGUUGAACUGAAAGCCAACCUCCAAAGUCUUCGAGUGGUUUUGCCCGACGGAGAACUGUUGGCAUCGAUGUGCCGUGCAAAUCCACUUGCCACCAUUGGAGAUUUAUUGCACAUAUGAGCGAACAUUACAUGCACUUGGCAUCGUUUUUGGGCCAUAGUUUCUUUAUGUUUUUCAGGUCAGAUCCACAAUUGUGUCAUCA